AUGUGGUCGUCGCUAGUGCUACCGCUGCUUGCGCUUUCCUCGCUCACAGUCUCAGCCCUCCCUCAAGGUCGUCGAUGCAAUUGCGAGCAACACCCGGUAUGCAUCAUUGGCGCAGGCCCUGCCGGCCUAGCUGCUGCCGGUCGGUUAGAAGAGAAGGGCAUCAAAGCAGUCAUGUUCGACCGUCAAGAGGAAGUUGGUGGUAAAUGCCAGGCUUGGUAUGAUGACCAAGGCAUCUUCCACCCACUCGGCGCCGCCUUUUUCUCCAAUGCGACGUACACGAACACUAUCGACAUCCUCAACCAGACCAAUGUCUCGAUCGAACCCUUUGCGCUUGCCGGUGCGCGCGAAAUGUACCGCUAUAAUUACACCGACGGCGACAUCAUGGUCAACCCCGCCCUGACCCCGCAAUUCACCGCGCAGGUAUCUGCAGAAAUUCCGAGGUACAUUCAGCUGUGGACGCAGCGCUUCCGACCGAUUAGUGUCGUGAACUACAAGAAUGGUGUACCAGACGAAUUUACCGUAUCGGGCGCAGAAUGGUUCCGCCAGAACAACUUCACUGCGCUGCCCAUCCUUCUCGUGAAUCCUGUCGCGCUCUACGGUUAUGGCGAUAUCAACAUUGUCCCAGCGCUGUACAUUCUGCAGUACUUCACCCCGGAUAUCCUCACGGCCUUUAUCGGCUUACAUAGCGUGUACUACAUGGACUUCCACAAGAUGUUCGUCGAGUACGCCAAGAACCAGUUGUGCAAGACUCCCAUACACACUUCUUCCGAAGUGCGUUGCGUCGACCGGUCCGGCGACCACCCUGUCGUGACUUACACUACACCCAUGAAGAAUGGCAGCUACGUCUCCUGGGAGAAGCAAGAAUGCUCUUCAGUCAUUUUUGCAUUCCCGCCAAGCAUCGAGAACCUCGAGCGCGUUGGUGUAGACCAUGACAGAGCAGGAGCACGACACCUUCAACAACAUCACACGCACCAAUACUACUCUUCCGCCGUAGAGCUCGAACUACCCUUCGGCGUCUCCUACAUCGCCAACAGCUCCGACGAGACAGUCCCGCCACCCAACGACGGCGAGCCCGUAGCCGUCCUGCACUUAAGCAAAGAAUCCAACGUCUCCGUAGCCUGGUCCUGGGGCCCCUACGACCUUCCAGACUGA